AUAAAAAAUUGAAACAGAAAGUAACAGUUCUUCACGUUACUACUACUUGCUUGUUCUUAAUUCCUUCCAUUUCUCACUCAUCUCACCACUCACACGUACUGUGUAUCUAUCUGUAUCUAUCUAUCUACAGUAGUCACAAUUUAAACGUUUGAUUCCGUUCAAUUUCACACAAUACCUGAAUCUCUUUCUUUCUUUCUUUUAUUCUUCUGUCUGUCGUUACUUGAAUGGCGGCAAUACUAGCUUCUAACAGCUGCUAUUGCCGUGAUGUGCAAUCGGUAAAUCAAGGGAGAACACCGGAAAAUCUCAGCUUCUCAAGAUCUGUUUCUAUCCAGAAACUAGAUAGGCAUGAGUGUACUACUUUCCAUAAAGUUGAGAGGUUUCGCAGGUUUCAUGUUGAAAUGCGUCAGACAGAAUCCCCGACAAAUUUUGGUACUAAUGGUCGGCCUGUAAAGUUGGAUACAAAUGGUCAACCUGUGAAGUUGGGUGCUAAUGGUAAACCGGUGAAUUUGGGUCCCAAUGGCCAACCUAUAAAGUUGGGAAGCAAAGGUCAGCCGAUCACUAUGAUUCCCACCAGCGAGGUCGGAAAUAAUAAGCCUAUAUCCAAACAAAGAGUCGGAACAGUGAACGGAACAGCGAACGGAUCAACACGAGCUGUUAAUGGGACAAGUCUUGUUAAGAGAGAACCCACACCACCAUUAGUUAAGUCUGUAAAAGUUAAAGAGUUUGCAUUCCCACCUUCUGAUGAAUUGAAGGUCUUGCCAUCAGAUGAAAGUUUCAGCUGGGCAAAUGAAAAUUAUAAUUCCGUUCAAAGAUCAAUAGACGUGUGGUCUUUUGUUCUUUCUCUGCGUGUUCGUGUUCUGUUGGACAAUGCUAAGUGGGCAUAUCCUGGAGGCUUCACAGAAGACAAACAGAAAAGCAGAAGAAGAAAAACAGCUGCAUGGUUAAGAGAGCGGGUGCUUCAACUUGGUCCAACUUUCAUUAAACUUGGGCAGUUAUCUUCAACAAGAUCAGAUCUAUUUCCCCGUGAAUUUGUUGACGAGCUUGCUAAAUUACAGGACAGAGUUCCAGCUUUCUCGCCAGCAAAAGCAAAAGGUUUCAUUGAGAAAGAGUUAGGAGCUCCAGUUGAUGUAAUCUUCAAGGUGUUUGAAGAGCGACCAAUUGCAGCUGCUAGUCUUGGACAGGUACAUCGUGCGAUACUACAUAAUGGAGAGAAAGUAGUUGUUAAAGUUCAAAGACCUGGUCUGAAGAAACUUUUUGACAUCGAUUUAAAGAACUUAAAGCUAGUAGCAGAGUAUUUUCAAAGAAGUGAAUCUCUUGGUGGCCCAACAAGGGAUUGGAUAGGCAUCUAUGAUGAAUGUGAAAAGAUCUUGUACCAGGAGAUUGAUUAUAUCAAUGAAGGGAAAAAUGCUGACAGAUUUCGUCGUGAUUUCCGUAAUAUAAAGUGGGUCCGAGUGCCUCAAGUAUUCUGGGAUUAUACUGCAACAAAGGUGCUGACAUUGGAGUAUGUUCCAGGCAUCAAGAUCAAUAAUUUAGAUGUGAUAAAAGAAAGGGGUUACAGUCGAUCUCAAAUUUCUUCACAUGCCAUUGAAGCAUACUUGAUUCAGAUACUGAGAACAGGUUUCUUUCAUGCUGAUCCUCAUCCUGGAAAUCUUGCUAUUGACGUGGAUGAAUCACUAAUCUAUUAUGACUUUGGCAUGAUGGGGGAGAUUAAGUCCUUUACAAGAGACAGAUUGAUGGAUCUUUUUUAUGCAGUCUAUGAAAAAGAUGCAAAAAAGGUUAUGAACAGUUUAAUAAGUCUUGAAGCACUUCAACCUACUGGAGACUUAUCACCGGUUAGGAGAUCGAUACAAUACUUUUUAGAUAACUUGCUAAGCCAGUCACCCGAUCAGGAGCAGACAUUGGCUGCAAUAGGCGAGGAUUUAUUUUCUAUAGCAACAGAUCAACCUUUCCGGUUCCCAUCCACCUUCACUUUUGUAAUCAGGGCAUUUUCUACUCUGGAAGGAAUUGGUUACUCACUCGAUCCAGAUUUUUCAUUUGUCAAAAUUGCCGCACCUUAUGCACAGGAGCUGUUAGAUCUCAAACAACAGCGGCCCAGUGGAACACAACUCGUUGCUGAAAUGCGAAAACAAGCUGAUGAUGUAAGAUCAAACACCGUGUCAAUGCCUUACAGAGUUCAGCGGAUUGAAGAGUUUGUGAAACAACUAGAAGUAGGAGACCUUAAACUUCGUGUGAGAGUCUUAGAGUCUGAGCGAGCAGCUAAAAAGGCAACAAUAUUGCAAAUGGCAACCAUGUACACAGUUUUGGGGGGAACCCUUGUAAACAUCGGGGUCACAUUUAGCACCCAAGGCAGCCAACUUGUAGCAAAUGGGUCAUUUGUUGCUGCAGGUAUUUUUAUAGCGCUGCUUAUUAGGUCCAUGCAAAGGGUGAAGAAACUUGAUAAAUUUGAAAAGAUGAUUUAGCUUUAGAAAGAUCAUUUAGGCUCAAUUAAUUGAAGUCCCUAUAUAGCAUUUUUUUAUAACCAAUAUGUAUAUUUUGUAUACACAAAACUGUAUAGAAAAUAAAAUAUAGCUCAAUGGAAAUUACUACGAUAUAUAUUUUGGAACUUCA